AUGGCGGAUAAUCAAGAGGAGCUCAUCAUGCAGUUUAUUGACCUGACUGGCACCUCUCCAGGCAAGGCCCAGCAAUAUCUUGGAACAAAUCGAUGGGACUUGAACAGUGCAGUCACUGAAUACUUCGCCAGCUUAGAUGAAGGCACUGCAGGAGGGGCCAUGGACGAAGAUGAGCCUGAACACGAACCAGAACCAUACACAGGGCCGCGAACUCUGGAUGGCAGACCGGCUCCAGCAUCGAUCCCAAGUGUUGGUUCAAGCUCGAAAGCCCCGUCCAAGAAGAAGGGAGGAUUCGCAACUUUGGGUUCCUUAGGUCAAGCUGGAGGGGCUGGAGGUCAUGCAGGGCAUGGACAUGCGCACGACGAAGACGAUGAUUCUGAUGAUGAGGAUUUCGAACCUGGUGAAGAGCCAAGAGAUCUGUUUGCUGGUGGUGAGAAGUCGGGUUUGGCUGUUCAGGAUCCUUCAAACCGAGACCGAAAUGACCCGAGAAAGGUUGUGAACGAUAUUCUUAAGAAAGCAAGAGCAAAUGCUGCGCGACCAGGAGGAGGUGAACCCUCGGCAUCUGCACCACCAUCUCGAUUCCGUGGCGGCGGCAUGACCUUAGGCGGAGACGAUACUCCCUCCCAAGCCGUUCCCGAUCCUUCCCCCCGCGCAGCCGACCCUGGCCCGACACAAACCCGCAUCCUACACCUCUGGGAGGAUGGCUUCAGUAUUGAAGAUGGACCUCUGCGCCGCUUUGACGACCCUCAAAAUGCUGCUGAUCUCCAAAUGAUCCGACACGGCCGUGCCCCUCUUCACCUCAUGGGUGUUCGACCUGAUCAACCCGUGGAUGUCCAGCUCAUUAAGCAUGAUGAUAAGUACAAGGCGCCUCCUAAGGUCUAUAAACCCUUCGGUGGCUCUGGUCAACGAUUAGGCAGUCCUACCCCCGGGCCUUCUGGUACUACCACUGCAGCCGCGACCCCAGUUGCUCCUGCGCCAGCUACGCCUUCCACUCCUUCUAUCCCACAACCUGAGAUCGACUCCUCGCAACCCACGCUUUCCCUGAGAAUUCAGUUGGCGGAUGGUACGAGGCUGCCCGCUCGUUUCAAUGCUACACAUACCAUCGGCGAUAUCUACGGCUUUAUUGCUCGAGCUUCUCCUAGCAGCAAUGAGAGACCUUGGGUUUUGGCCACGACCUUCCCGAAUAAGGACCACGUUGAUAAGAGCUUGGCUUUGGGUGAUGUUGCGGAGUUCAAGCGCGGUGGAACGGCGGUUCAGAAGUGGACUUGAGAAUUUGUGCACGGGUGUGAGCAAAGGAUGGGAAGCAUAGAUGGGGAUGGCGGAACCUUUUCCUUCCAAUUCGCGUGAUGGUCACGAUAGCACGAUGGAUGGCGUUUCGAGGGUGGAUACAACAUAUUGCAUACGUUCACCUAGAAGAGCGAUAGAUAGAAGCAAAAGUCAUGAAUUUUUCGACGUG